UAACAAAAUUUCACACAGCCACCACAAUGAUUUAAACGAACUUUGUUAGAAUAACCAAUUUAUCGAAGCGUAUUUCUUGUAUUCGGAGAAUUCUAUUUAAUAUGCAUUUAAGGCUGUAUGUAUUACAAUAACAACGAUACCAAAACAAACACGAACAAAACAAUAGAUCGACUAACAAUAGUCGGGACCCUCUGGAAAACGAAAAAUUGGUGGCGAAACACUUGUGUACACCGAAUGCUUUGAUCCAAUAUGCAUGACAAUGGUGCGCGAGAGUGGAUGACACAGUACUUACUUAACACCUCUUAAAGAAGCACGACUUAUUAACAAUAAGUACAUACUUGCCUUACUUAAAAUUUUUCGGUUAUAAUUGUGUUUUGUGUGAAGAAAAGUAAAAGUUUGUGUUAGGUAAUUUACAAAAUUACAAAAAAUAGUAAAAUGUACAAUCAAACCUAUGAAGACGAAGCGCCUAUACCUCUAAUAGCAAAUUAUACGGUGGUCAAAGAAGGAGAAGAUGAAGAAAAAAGGGAAGCAGAGGAACGCGUCAUUCUAGAAAUCGGGCGGCAGGACGAGAAGCCUCGAGAAGAACAUACGUUCUCGCACAAGAAGUACGACAAAACAAUAUCGCAUCACAGGUCGUAUGUGCUAGAGGAUUAUGAACCUAGACGGUUCACGUAUUUUCGGCCGCAUGAAUUGGAAAAUGUGGGACAUGAAGUCCCCAGAUACUACGAGCAAGAGUAUCGGGAGUCGGUUGUCCAAGAAACUGCAAAUUCAGAAUCUUCUCUGGACUUCUCCCACGAGUCGCAGGACACUAGUAAAUAUGAGGAGACUGGACAAGACGCUUCUUUAAAUUGGAAGGAAAGGGCGCUGCAGCUUGAAAGAGGUAACCCUGGCUUGACUAUGCCACCAGCGCCCAACGUCACCGGGUUUGGGGACGGCGAGAUCCUUAUGGGAUCUCAAGCCGAGAAUUGGCGAGUGCUUCUAGAGGUAUUCCAGGCGGAUGGCGUCACCCCACGGGAGGAGUCUCCUCUCCGUCUGGGGCCUCUAAACCACUCGUACCUGGGGUCGGCUCAAAUAGAGGGCGUCUCUGAGAUUCGGGCCUCGGCUCUAGUUAACCGUUGUCUUGGGGGACGGGGAAAAACGCCCAGGUACGUACCUGUACCUGGUAUAGCGUGUCGUGUGUAG